AUGGGCCUCUGCCUAAACCGACCCGCGGCCGCCGUCGCGCACCAGGACGACAGCGACUCGGACCUCGACGAGGCCGAGGCCGACUACUGGCUGCCCCGGGGGUCUGUCUACGGGAGCUGGCGCCUGCGCGAGAAGCCGGACCUCGCGAGUGAGGUCAUAGGCGUCGUGAGCGAGGGCGAGCGCUUCCGCGCGGUGCCCGCGGAGGUCGGCGGCUGGCUCGAGGUCCGGCGCGAGCCGCCGUGCUACGCGCGGCGGCGCGAUCGAGGCGAACGGCGGCUGCGGCUCGUGGCCUGCGCGAGGCCGGCCCGCCUGCGGCCGCGCGUGCUGGAGGAGGACGUCGCGCCGCCGGCGCCGCCCGCGAGUCCCGGGACCGACGGCGGAGAUGAUGAUGACGCCGCCGCGCCGGCGCCCGCCGCCGCCGAUGAUAAGGACGGCGCCGCCGUCGCAUCAUUAUUACAGGCGCGGAAGGUGGCCUUCGAGGCGGCGACCGGCGCCACGCGCGUGCGCCUGGGAUUUAGGCUGGAGGCGACGCGGCGCCAGCUCGCGGGCGUCGCGGGCUUCUCUGAAGAACAAAUAGACCGCGCCUUCGAGGACGGCACGGCGCCGGGAAGACCAAAAGCAUGUAGGGAGACGCCGCCAGGCUUCCCCCGGGGCUUCGCGAACGCGCGCGCGCGGACCUGCUGGUUGUCUGCUUUAGCUCAAGCGCUCUGGCACGACCCCGGCUUCCGCGCCGCCUUCGACGCGGCGCUCGCGACGACCGAGACGCGGGAGGCGACAAAGCCGCCGCCGCCGCGGUCGCCGGCCGCGAAGGUUGAUGCAUUGAGACGCUGCUGGGCCGCCUUCCAUCAAAAUGAAGGCAUUUUGAAGGCGGACGCGCUCGCCGAGGCGUUUGGGGACGUCGCGGACCCGGCCAACGGCUACGGCGACGCCUCCGAGGCCUACUGCGCGCUGCGGUCGGCCUUGGAUGUGAGCGACUCGCCGGCCAUGAGGGAGUGCGGGGCGGGGUUGAGGUAUGCGCCGUUGAUGGCUUCCAAGCAGGCGCCGGCGUUCGCGGACGUCUGGAGCGAGCUCGGGCCGGUCUUCGAUCUGGAGGGAGGCACGCUCGUCGCCUUCGACCUCCCGUGGCCGCCCUUGGACGUGCCCUCCGUGCGCGCGUUGGUGCUUGCCUGCGGCGAGGCGCCGGACGGCUACGCGCUCUCGUCGCUGAUCUGCUACCACCACUCGACGCGGCACUACGUCGUCUUCGUCCGCGUGGACGGGAGCUUCCUCUACUUCAACGACCUCCACCACGACGCGGCGCACCAGCACCUCUCUCUUGAAGCGGUGAGCGCGCUGUGCGGGGACCGGUUCCUGCAGCCGCGGCUGGCGCUGCACGGGAGGGCUGUGUAAUACAUAUGUUUGUUGUA